AUGAAUAAAAAUUGGAAUGACAGAGCCGACAAGGAUCUGUUCUUUACCAUCCUGUCCGUGAAGAACAUUGGCGUCAUCAGCGGUUCGGAAUGGACCACCAUCGGCAACCACAUGCGCACACUGGGUUACGGCUUUACCAAUGAAGGCUGUAGACAACACUUUCAGGGCCUUCGUCGUGCCCAGCACAAGAGUGAGACGAAUGGAGGAAGCCCUGACAACCCUCGCAAGGUCGAUCCAACAACGAACCCAAUCACUCGCCGUCCAGGCCCGGGUCGUGGGAGACCCAAGAAGCAACCUCAGCAAGCCGCGCAGAUGGCCAUCGCCGUCUUGUCUGAGCAAAACGGUGAAGCCAGCCAGCCUGGCCAACUUAAUCAACUUGAAACCGAUCAAGAAGUUCAAGCUGGCCAACCUCAGCCUGUUAUUCAACCCGACCUUCAAAACGAUAUAACCGAUCUUCAGUCCAGUCUUCAUCAAUCCGAUAUCGAGACCAGCCUUCAACCCGAUCUUCAGCACAGCCACCAGCCCGACCUUCAGCACAGCCACCAACCCGACCUCCAUCACGACCACCAGGCUGAUCUUCAGCACGACCACCAGCCCGAGCACCAGCCCAGUCACGAGGAGUCUAUCCACGAUGACCACACCCAAUUGGAAGCAUCCAUCCUGCCUGACAGUCUUAUGUCGGAGUCUCUAGACCUUCCCCUUAAAGACGACGCUCUCGACUUGUCUCUCAAGGACGACAACGAUGACGAACAAGACGGCCCCGAUGCCAAGAGAAUCAAGCUCGACAACCCUGUUCAUGACCAUGACCAUGACCAUUCUCUCGUCGAUGACGAAGCUGUGUUAGCCUUGGCCGCGCACAGCGAACCCCCUUCUGAUGGCUACAACUCCGAGUAUCCCACGGCCGGCUUGACCGGUUCAGACCCGCACACUUCCUUCUUUGGUCCUGAGACAUGA